ACUUCCUACUGCGAGCAAGAUGGCAACUUGCAUUUGUGCCACGCUUGUCUUGUGAAAAAUACUGUUUUUUCAUUAUUUAUUUUUUUGACAACAUACUCACAAAAUCAUCUGAAACCAUGUCCGGACGACACAACAACAAACUGCCGAACAAUUUGCCACAACUGCAGAAUCUCAUAAAAAGAGACCCGCAGUCGUACGUAGAAGAAUUUCUACAACAGUACCGGCACUACCAGUCCAAUGUACAGAUCUUCAAACUGCAGCCGGACAAACCGAACAAGGAGCUGGCAGACCUUGUCAUGUUUCUUGCUCAGGUUGGUCACUGUUACCUGGAGCACUUGUCCACCUUCCCUCAAGAGCUGUCUGAGUUAUUACUAAGUCACCACACAGUCUUAGAGUCAGACUUAAGAAUGACCUUCUGCAAAGCGCUGAUUCUUCUGAGGAAUAAAGACCUGAUCGACCCCGCUGGCCUCCUGGAGCUCUUCUUUGAGCUGCUGCGAUGUCACGACAAACUGCUCAGGAAGACACUGUACACUCACAUUGUUGCCGACAUCAAAAACAUAAACGCUAAGCACAAAAACAACAAGGUCAACACAAUGUUACAGAACUUCAUGUACACCAUGCUGAGAGACAGUAAUUCCAUCGCAGCAAAGAUCUCUUUAGAUGUCAUGGCAGAGCUAUACAAAAGAAACAUAUGGAAUGAUCCCAAAACUGUUAAUGUCAUUACAACAGCAUGCUUCUCCAAGGUGACAAAGAUCCUCGUUGCGGGUCUUAAAUUCUUCCUGGGCAAAGAUGAAGAUGAAAAGAAUGAGAGUGAUUCAGAAUCUGAGGCAAGUACCACAGAUACAGUAGUCGAAGAGAAACGAUACUGUACUUGUAUUGAGUUAAAAAAAAGGGGUGAUUUUAAGCUAAGGCAUGAUACACAAACAUGGUUUCCAUAUGUCACGCUGCUUUUAUUAACAGUCAUUCUUGUCUUCCAGACAGAGGGACCAUCAGCUCGAGACCUGAUGGUGAGAUACUCCACAGGCAAGAAAACCACCAAAAACAAGAAGAAAAUGGAAAAAGCAAUGAAAGUCCUCAAGAAACACAAGAAAAAGAAGAGAGCGGAUGUGUUCAACUUUUCCGCUAUUCACCUAAUUCAUGAUCCUCAAGAUUUCUCAGAGAAACUCUUGAAACAGUUGGAAGACUCUAAAGAGCGCUUCGAGGUGAAGAUCAUGAUGAUGGAGCUCAUAUCCAGACUGGUUGGAAUCCAUGAGCUCUUCCUCUUCAAUUUCUAUCCCUUCGUCCAGAGGUUUCUUCAGCCCCAUCAAAGAGAAGUGACAAAGAUUCUCCUGUGUGCCGCCCAGGCUUCCCACCAGCUCGUCCCCCCAGACGUCAUUGAACCUUUGAUCAUGACCAUCGCAAAUAACUUUGUGACGGACAGAAACUCUGGGGAGGUCAUGACUGUGGGUAUUAAUGCCAUCAAGGAGGUGGCAGCCCGUUGUCCACUCGCCAUCACCGAAGACCUGCUGCAGGACCUGGCUCAGUACAAGAUCCACAAAGACAAGAAUGUGAUGAUGUCUGCCAGGGGACUGAUCCAGCUGUUCAGGAAUCUUAAUCCACAGAUGCUGCACAAGAGGGACAGGGGGCGACCCACAGAGGCAUCAGCGGAGGCCAAGAUCAAAGACUACGGAGAGCUUGAAGCGAAGGACUACAUCCCUGGAGCUGAAGUCCUCGAGGUGGAGGAGGAGAACAAAGAGGGAGGGGAGGACGAAGACGGCUGGGAGAGUGCCAGUAUAAGCGAUGACGAUGACGAUGGGGAGUGGGUGGAUGUUCACCACUCAUCUGACGAAGACACAGGAGAAAUGGCCGAGAAGCUUCAGAGUAUGCCCGUUGAGGAAAGAAAAGCCAAGGCAGCGGCGGUCAGUGGCAGCAGGCUCCUCACCCAGGAUGACUUCAAGAAGAUCCGUCUGGUGCAGAUGGCCAAGGAGGUCAACGCCGCGCCAGGCAAGGGCCAGAAGAGGAAAAAUGUGGACAGUGAUGACGAGGGUGACAACAGAGGGGAGCUGCUGACUUUGAGGAAUAUUGAGAAACUGCACAAGAAACCAAAAGCUGACAAGGAAACACGCCUGGCAACAGCAAUGGCGGGACGUACCGACCGAAAGGACUUUGUCAGGAAGCGAACCAAGCUGAACCCACACGCCAGCACCAGCAACAAGGAGAAGAGGAGGACGAAGAACUUCAUGAUGAUGAGACACAGUCAGAACGUGAGGACCAAGGGCAAACGCUCCUUCAGAGAAAAACAGCUUGCUCUACGAGAUGCACUCCUAAAAAAGAGGAAGCAGCACAAGUAGGACACGUGGAGAUAAUGCUGGCUGUCCAAUGGCCAUCACAAACCUGAUCUUUGACUAUGUCAAAUAAUAUUAUACAUCCUUCAAGUGACCUGUAAAACAUUGUUGGCUUAUAAAUGUAUUAUUUUCAAUGGAUGAACUACAUAGAUUUACAUCAUGCUGAAAUAAAUAAUCUUUGAUAACUGUG